CACCCCUUUUUUAUUUUUUAUUUUUAAAAAGGAGUUGUUUCUCUCCUGCAGUUAUGGCUCUGGGAAUCUCCUGGGUUGGAUUUUAUACAGGACUGUUGUUCUCUUUGCUGGAACUCUGGUUUAUAGAAGGACUGAGUCUAGAACCCAUCUACUGGAAUACCUCAAACAAAAAGUUCCAGAACGAGGGGGGCUAUGUCUUGUACCCCCAGAUCGGCGACCGGCUGGACCUCAUCUGCCCGCGCUCGGUGCCGCUGGGCCCCUUCUCCACGGAGGACUAUGAGUAUUACAAGCUGUACUUGGUCCAGACUGAGCAGGCGGAGCGCUGUGAGAUCCUUCGCACCCCCAACCUAUUGCUGACCUGCGAUCGGCCCGAGCAUGACAUGCGCUUCACCAUCAAAUUCCAAGAGUACAGCCCCAACCUCUGGGGCCAUGAGUUCAAGACCAACCAGGAUUAUUACAUCAUCACAACGUCAGAUGGGACCAAGGAAGGUCUUGAGAACAUGAAAGGGGGCGCCUGCCUCUCCAAGGGCAUGAAAGUCGUCUUGAAAGUCGGACAGCAUCCCAACACGGGCUCCAAAUCCCAGAAGUCCAUUCCAGAUUCACCGGCUGAGAAGGAGCGAGGGACGUCGGGUGCCGCGGAGCCCAACAAGGAGAUGAACCCAGGACCCCCGACCGGCAACACCACCGGGAAGGUGGGGGGAGAGAACGGCCCCCUUCCCCAGUCCAACGUGCCUAUCAUCGCGGGCGCCGCCGGGGGAGCGGCCUUCGUCCUGCUGGUGGCGGCGGCCGUGACCGGCGCCCUGUGCUACCACCACCGCCGGGCCAAGCACAGCGAAUCCCACCACCCGCCUUUGUCGCUCAGCACCCUGACCAGCCCCAAGCGGGGGGGCGGGGGCGGCGGGGGCAACAACAACGGCUCGGAGCCCAGCGACAUCAUCAUCCCGCUCAGGACUUCAGACAGCGCCUUCUGCCCCCACUACGAGAAGGUGAGCGGGGACUACGGCCACCCCGUCUACAUCGUGCAGGAGAUGCCCCCCCAGAGCCCCGCCAACAUCUACUACAAAGUAUGAGGGGCGGUCGAGGGCAGCACCGCUCCCUCCGGCUGCACCUUCGACCCCCGCGGCGGGGAGAACUCGGCACAAGCAGGGCGGCGGCGGCGGCCCUCUCGCUC